UCUUUAUUUUGCAUCGUUUCCUGGGGGGAGAAGUGCAUAUAGAGUGGAAACCUCUCCUGUUUCUUGCAGAAUUUGAGAGCAGACCCUGUGGGGUGAGGGGGAGAUUUUUUCUUUUCCGACUGGAGUGGAAUUGAGGGUUAGGGGCUUCUUUUCCCCUCUGCACAGAUUAUUUUUCUUAUAUUGGUAUUUAGGCUUUAGAUGCAGGUUCUUGGCUGUUCAUGGUUGGAGUUUUCCCAUAGUCAAGUUCUCCCUGCAUGUGAGGUUCAGCUGGAACAGAGGUUCCAUCGCCUCUGCUCCCCCAUUCAGGAAUUGCAAAGGCUUCCUAUGACUGGGAUCCUUUGACUGGUUUUCUAUGUCAGCUCCUUUUGUAGGGGUUAGGGAAAUGUUAGCAGUUGCUAACCAUGUCCUAAGGCGCUGUUUGCACUCCCUGCAUGAAUUUCUUUGUAAGCAAAAGCAUGAAAAUAUAGGUAGAUGUCAUGUGGCUUUUUCUGUGUCGACUUACAUGCAAAUAUUUGCAAACCUUGCAAGGAUCUAGGGCAGCCUUUACCUUUAGAACAACCUCGCUUUUCCUGCAUUGGUAUACAGGGAAUGUUGCAUGUCUGUGUAUGUGUUUCUUUUCUUUCCCUUUCAGGGUGAAAUGAAAUAUGUGAAGUGUCAUAUACUUCAUUCCAAACUAAUGGUUUGCAAGUGGACUCUGUGCCCUCAGUAAACUUCUUGUGUGUUGAGAUCCUCAAUUUUUCCUCCCCCCUCCGCAGCUGUUUUUAAGAAAUGCCCUUCAAAGGAUCGUGCGAAACACUGAGGGAGCUGUAAUGUCUGGAGCUGUGCAGAGGGGCUGGUCUCCAAAGCGCUGUUCAGGUGCCAGAGGCCCCGUGGGCCACCGUGUGGGACAACACGAGCCGCUGCAGGAGCCCCGGCCGCGGACAGAGAUGGACUGGCUGUGACGACCUGCCGCCAGAGGAGGUGCGGGGAGAGUGACGAUGAAGAACUCCUGCCGAGCUGGUCUCCACAGGGAACUGCUGACUUCCGCAUCCGCCACCUUCCAUCCGGCCAAACGGAUAUCCGGCCUGCACCUGAAGCCCUAUCUCAAAUUGCAGAAGAAGGAGAGGUCCCUCGAGGCCAGCGCAGACGCCCCGCGGAGCCCCCCCAUGAGCCCGCAGCGGCUGGCCAAUGAGGGGAAGCCGAGCAGCACCAAGCCCGGCCUCGCGCCGGCCCCGCCGGCCCUCUGGAGGCCCCGGGGAGGCCUCCCGCCCGACAUGGUCUGCAAGAGGGGCAGUGGCGGCGGAGGUGGGGGCGGGCCCGGCCCCCAGGAGCGGGGGGCCGCCCUGCCCGCCACGAUCCACCAGGGGGACGAGGGGGAGGGACCGCUGGAGAUCUGGGCCCUCGUGAAGCCGGGCAACACGCGGGAGAAGGUGGCCUUCUUCGCGGGGCAGGAGCAGGGUGGCGACCCCCGGGCCUCCUCCGUGAAGAGCAAGAGCAGCUGGGACAUCGACGGGCGGGCGACCAAGCGCCGGAAGCGCUCGCUGGGCCUCCAGAAGGCCGCGGUGCGCCUGGAGCGGAUGCGGGCGGUCGGCGGGAGGUGCUUCCAGCCGGAGCCCUUCGCCUGCAGCGUUGAGCACUGCUCCGUGCACCACGCGGACGACGGCGCGGAAGGCGCGUUCCCGGGCCGGCCGCUCUCCGUCGUGGAGAUGGUGGCGUUCCUGGAGCAGCGGGCCAGCGUCCUGCUGGCCGGCUGCGCCAAAAGCUGCCCCGGCGCCUCUGCCCUGACCAGGCUUCCCGGGCCGCCCAAGGGGGCCCCUCCCGCCCCCGGGCCCUUUCCCGCCCCGGAGGCCCAUCCCGAGAAGGCCCCUGGCGGGGGCGGCGGCAGCGGCGGCGAGGGGGAGCCGCCGGGCGAGCCGCUGCGCGUGCUGGACAUGGUGGCCAAGCUGGAGUCGGAGUGCCUGCGGCAGCGGAGCGAGCGCGAGGCGGGCAGCCUGUCCCGGAGCAACAGCUUCCGGCGGAACGUGGGGCGGGUGCUCCUGGCCAGCGGGGCGCCCCCCGAGAACGAGGCUGGGAGGGGGCUGGCGGACGCUCUCCCGCCGGAACAGCGGGCCGGCGGGGAGGAAGGGUGGCGGCCCAAGCAGGGCUGUUCGGCGGAGGACCCCCCCGCGGGCCCGUUGCCGCCGUGCCCAGAGGCCCCCGGAGGGACCGGCGACCAUCGGCCGGACCGGGGGGAUUCCGCCGCUUCGGCCCCGUGCCGCGAUUCCACCAGGGCCGCCCGGCCGCGCCCCGCUGCAUGGCCAGAUGUCGCUCGGGGGUCCCCACGUUCCUCACGGAGACGCGACGCGACUGGGGACGGCUCCCCCGAAGAGCCUUCCGUUCUCCUGAGCUGGAGUCCCGGCGACCGAGUGAGGGAGUCCCUGAGCAUGAACCUCGCUGCCCCCAAGGCUGAGACGGACGGCAGAUCGACCCACCCGUCCGGUUCGGGCUUCGGCGAGGACUCUCUUCCGGGGCGGCUGUUCCUGCUUCUCUCCGAGUGCGAAAUCCCCCCGCGGGGCCUCUCGUCAGGGGAGACUCCGCCCGAGGAGGGUCGAGGGAAGGCAGUGCCUCCCGCGGGCGACCCCUGCCCCAGGAGCCGCCCUCCCGGGGAGCCCCCCGAGUCUCCCUCGGAGGGCGGGCUGCAGCCCCCCGACGCGUCCCGCCUCAAAAGGCAGCGCUCGCACGACUUCCUGGAGACCCGCUUCAAGAUCCAGCAGCUCCUGGAGCCCCAGCAGUACCUGGUCUUCCUGCCCCACCACCUCAUCGUCAAGAUCUUCGGCCUGCUGCCCACCCGCAGCCUGGUGGCGCUCAAGUGCUCCUGCGGCUACUUCAAGUUCAUCAUCGAGUACUACAACGUCCGGCCGGCCGACUCCCGCUGGGUGCGCGACCCGCGCUACCGGGAGGACCCCUGCAAGCAGUGCAAGAAGACGUACACCCGGGGGGACGUCUCCCUGUGCCGCUGGCACCCCAAGCCCUACUGCCAGGCGCUGCCCUACGGGCCGGGCUACUGGAUGUGCUGCCACCGGUCGCAGAAGAGCGUUCCCGGGUGCAGGCUCGGCCUGCACGACAACCGCUGGGUGCCCGCCUGCCACAGCUUCAACCGCGCGCUGCACAAGAAGUCCCGGGACCCCGACGAGGACUGUUAGCCUCUCGCACCGGCCUCGGAGCCGCCCGCCCGGAGUGGAAGAAUUCCACGCCUUGUGAUGUUUACAUUGUAUAUAAUUUGUGGGUGGUUUUUCUUUCCCCCUUCCACAGGGCUAUGGAACUGCACAUGUUGGAAUCACACAAGCCUUGACGUGUUCGAGGAAAGAGCGCGUCGCCUCCCUCCCUCCCUCCCGUGUUCCUGGCACUCGAGAAUCGCCCUGGUCGUGUGGUUUCUGCAGCUGGUGGACCCAACGUGACUCGCUCCAACGCAGCUGCCAGGGUGUUGCGGCUACAGUCCCGUGUUUUAAAGUGUCUCGUCUCCAAUCUGUAUAUCCUGUAUAAAAUAUACAUAUAUAUAUAAAUAUAUAAAUAUAUAUUGAAAAUGUUUCCGAAGAGAAACUCUAAACAGGUGAAAGAUCAAUUUUCCAGUAGAUGGCUUAGCUGGACAACCUUAAAACUAGGCUAGAACAAUUAUUUGUUAUUUCUUAGGGUGGCAACAAGCAAAAGAGGAAUACUAUCAUAUAGCAAAGAGUAUUAAGAAAAGCUCUGGUUUCCCAUGCCCACUUUAUCUGGUUUUUGUUUUUUUACUUAAAUAAAAGGUGCAUUCUAAA